CCUUAUUUCUCUAAUAAUUUUUUUUGUGUGUCAUCGGUUGCAGCCAUGGCGAGAAAGAGCAAAGGUCGUCAGAAGAUCGAGAUAACAAGAAUGUCAAAAGAAAGCAACCGACUUGUUACCUUUUCAAAGCGUCGUUCUGGGCUAUUCAAGAAGGCAAGCGAACUUUGCACCCUUUGUGGCGCUGAACUUGCCAUCAUCGUCUUUUCUCCUGCCAAAAAGGCCUUCUCUUUUGGCCACCCUUGUGUUGACACCAUUGUAGAUCGCUUUCUCUCUCGAAACACUCAACCCAAUUCAGGUUCACUCCAACUUGUCGAGGCUCACCGCAACGCAAAUGUUCGUGAGCUUAACUUGCACCUUACUGAAGCACUUGAUACGUUGGAAGCGGAGAAGAAAAAAGGCGAAGAGCUUAACAAGAUGAGGAAAGAUAGCCGAGACAAGUGUUGGUGGGAAGCACCGGUUAGUGAGCUUGGACUUCAACAACUCGAGCAAUUGAAGGUGGCAAUGGAGGAUCUAAAGAAGAAUGUUGUGAAGCAAGGCGAGAAGAUUCAGAUGGAGGAAUCAAACCCUUCGAGGUUUUUUGCAGCUGGGUCAAGUUCCAUGGGAGGGCAUGUUGGAGGUGGUCCUCAUGAUGUUAAGGUUUCUGGGCUAGGUCUGUCCAUGACUCCACAUGGAUAUACCCUUGGCUAUGGACAUGGGUUUUUCUGAUAUGUGUAGUCUGUUGUUUCUUGCUAUGAAGA